AUGCUUAUUGGUGGGGAUGUGAGGGUGAGAGGAGUAGAGGCAUUAGAUGGAAAUGUUGGGAGUCUCUUUGUGUUCCUAAGAAAUGGGGUGGCAUGGAGGUUUAUUCAAUAUCCUAACUCCCUUGUUGCUAAGGUCUUUAAGGCUCGUUAUUACCCAAGAGGAUCCUUUCUUGAUGCCACAUUAGGAAGUAAUCCGUCUUUUAUCUGGCCAAGUGUUCUUGAAUCUCAACUCAUUGUAAAGGGUGGGAUUAGAUGGAGGGUGGGAAAUGGAGCAUCUAUUUCUGUUUGGAAGGAUCCAUGGUUACCUAAUCAUUCUUCUCCUUUUGUUCUUUCUCCAGUGAUUGAGCAGCUUAAUGAUAUCAAAGUGGAAUCACUCAUGAAUGUGCAGAAGACUGAUUGGGAGGUUGACAUUCUCAAAGACUUAUUUAUGGAGACUGAUGUGGAUCAUAUCUUGAAGAUUCCCAUAGCUGAGACACUGACUGAAGAUAAAAUUGUCUGGAUGGGCGAUGCGAAAGGGAAGUUUACUGUCAGAAGUUGCUAUAACAUGCUUCAACCAGACUAUCUUGUGACUGAUGCUCCUGCUUGGACCAAAAUGUGGAACUUUCGAUUACCACCAAAGUUAUGCAACAAUGGGGAAGAGUCCAGCUUUCAUCUGUUUGUGAAAUGUGAUCUAGCUAAGCAAUGUUGGGAUUUGAUUGGUGGCAUCAAUUUGGGGAGCAGUAAUUACCUUCAUGAAUGGGUCAAUGCUAUGUUUGUUUCCUUCGACGAGGCGAUGCUCUGUAAAAUCAUCAUAAUCUGUUGGAGCAUUUGGGAAGCUCGAAAUGAUAAAGUCUGGAAUCACAAAGCCACCACUGCCAAUAUGGUGGUUGACCAGGCAACUAUUUUUCUUCAGGAAUGGAUAAGAAUCAAAUAUGAUGGCCAUGUCUCUAAUCACUCCCCUACCCAGAGUAUUCCCUGGUCUAAACCUCCCCAUGGUUGGUUAAAAAUUAACGUUGAUGCCUGGAUCCGGGUAAUCGAAGGAUGGGCCUUGGUUUCGUGAUUAGAGAUUCCGAUGGAGUGUUCAUUGCUGCCAAGCUUGUGCCAUGGACGGGUCUAUUUGAGCCUGGAGAGGCAGAAAGCUCUCAAAUGGACCAAGCAUCUUAAUCUAGAUAGGAUUCAAGUUGAGUCAGACUGUGCUCAGGUGAUCAAAGCUGUUGAAGACUGUUCCCUCAUCUCUUCCUUUGAUCUACUGGUUAAUGAUAUUAAGGAGUUAGCUAAAGGUUUUUCUGAUCUAUGCUUCUGUUUUGUUAAAUGAUCUGCGAAUGGUGUAGCCCAUGAGCUUGCUAAGGCUGAUUGUAUGGAUUGUUUUUCGU